GAAAAACUUUCUCCUCUCUAAAGCAGUGAUGCAGCCUGACCUCUUAAAACCUGCCCGAGUCACAUCCGUCACACAGAUGCGGGCUGCUUUUUAACAGAUGAUACGUCUCCAACCACAGGCGCUGCAGAAGAACAAAGUUUGUAUCACUGAACGAGGAGCUUAAACUUCAGCAUUAGGAUGUGGGUCCUUGAUAAGAUAAAGAGCAGCAUGGAGAACAUUCCUCUGGAGCUAAAUCACUACAAGGGGAGGACUGCAGAAGACACCUGUGCCAGGGACAAGCUGCACAACAAUGUCAUCACUCCCGACAGAAUCCCAGAGUUCUCACUGCCCCCGAGGCUCUACAAGAGGAGCACUCUUAUAGGAGAGGGAGAAAUGUUGGCCCAAACUUGUUCCGCAAACCAUUCAGGAGGUACAAUGCAGCUAAAGAGCAAGGAGCAACAUGUGAUUGGUGUCAAGACUGUGAAGAAACCUUUACCUUUUUGUGCAGAGGCCUAUGGCUUAGCUGGAAUCUCCGAGAGCCCAAACACUCGAAGGAAAGAGUCUUUGUUCCACAUCAGGAGCCCAACUUACAUAUUUGAUAGAGACACAUCAGAGAUAAAUCAGUGCAAGACCACCUCAGGUUUUUCUCUUCUCUCAAACUCCUCCCACUUCAGCCCAUCUGCCCCCCCUCUGAAAGGUGCGGUGUCUUGUCCUUCACUCAUUGAGGGUAAAGGUAGGUGGCAGAGCCGGGAUACAAGUCUGACAACUUCUAUCAGCAGCCCACCAAGCCUACAAGACUCAUUCACCUUAGCUCCUCCACUUGCUUUCCCUCUGGACGUCCUCCAGUGCCAGGAGAGGCUGCAGAAGGAGCAUGUACUACCAUUGCAAGGCCGUGGUAAAGUUUGUCUCUCAGCAGAGCAUUUCGCCUCUUUGUCUCUCUGCACGAUCAGGAUCCGUGUGGUGUCGGUGGAAGGCCUGCGAGAUGAUAGCAGUCCACCGAGUCUCAAUUGUGCAGUGAGUGUGAGUUUGACACCAGGAAAGCUGCAGCAACAGCAGAGCGCCACAGUCAAGAACUGCCGUCGCCUGAUUUUCAAUGAAGAUUUCUUCUUCACAGAGCUGAGUCAGGAGGAUCUGCAGCAGCUGAAGCUGCGCUUGAAAGUGAUGGAUAAAUCAACAGCCGGCGCUCUGAGAAGGGCGACAGUGAUUGGAGUGGUCAGCAAACCACUCUGUCAACUGCUUCCUCUGAGAAAUGAGCCACACGAGAAAACAUGACCUGAAAGUAGUUUCUCAGCUUUUGAUAUUCAUUCAGAUGGGAAGUAUUGUUAAAAACGAAUGAAUUGUCAUAGUCGUUUUGGAAUGACUGGGCCUAGGCAUGACCCUAUAAUUUCCACAUUUUUAUUGUCGUAUUCAA